UCAUUCACCACAAUUUGUAUUAUUUUGAUUGAGUGUGUUGGGGAUCUAAAUUAUAGCAGUCAGGCAAUGUUGGUGUGUGGAACUUUAAGCGGUUAUUUAAUUAUCGGAACUUGUUUGUUAAUUGGUUAUUUCUUGGAUGCCGUAUUCGAUAAACGUGUUGCCAUAUUAUUAAAUUUUGCCGCUGUCAUAUUGUUUGUAUCAUCUGGAACGGUUAUUUUAGAUCAAUGGUCUCCGAAUUAUAGACGAGAUAAUCGAAAUUAUUUAAAUAUUGCCGGUUCUAUGGCCAUAGUGAAUGGUGCCGUAAUUGCCGUCGUUUGCAUUGUUCUCUGGGAGACAAGUGGCAAUUUCUCCAGUAAUGCCUUGAUUGUGUGCGGUACCAUGGGUGGUUAUGCUGUCAUCUGUGCUGUCAUUUUGAUUGGUCAUGUCAUCAACUCAGUGGUUGAGAAACGUUUGAACGGUUUGUUCUCCAUCAUUGGCUGUGUCCUGUUUGUCAUCUCUGGCGCCCUGAUCAUUGAUCAAUGGCACGAUAGAUCCGAUCUCUUGUUCAAGGAAAGCAAACGUAAUGCCUUGGCUGCCGGUUCAUUGAUGAUCAUCAAUGGUGCUGUCUUCUUGAUGGAUACCAUUUCCAUUUUCAGAACCCGUGUCGAGAUACCGGUCAUUCGAGAGGUCAGCAAAAAUAAACUGGAAAUUAAUCGCUAUUAA